GGGCUUCUGCCGGAUGAUGGCAGCUGUAAUCAGAUCGGCACCAUUACUCCUGCGUGUUGAUAAGAGAUGCAAGCACACAUGUUGCGUUAUCCCCCCCUCCCCUCAAGGAUGCCCACUCUCAGCGAUCCAAAAACAGCUGACAUCGUCGUCAUGAUCGAUGACGUGCCCGCUGGUGUUUACCGUCAUGCUCGUGAUGACCUUGAGAAAAGAUUACUGAGGAAGCUUGAUUUGCGUAUGUCCAUAAUACUGAUUUUAUAUACCUUGAACUUCAUUGACAGGACCAAUAUUAGCAACGCUCGGUUGCAAGGUUUUGAGAAAGACCUGCACCUCCAUGGGGAACAAUAUGCCACAAGUUUGUCCAUCCUAUUUGUUGGAUACAUCACAAUGCAAGUGCCAGGGAAUAUGUUCCUACACUGGCUGGAGAAACCUUCUGUCAUGCUUCCGUGCUGUAUGUUAGUAUGGGGUACAAUAUCAGUAUUGACAGGGAUCACAACGAAUUAUACUGGGAUUGUUGUCGCCCGCUUCUUUCUUGGCAUUGCCGAGGCUCCCUUCUUCCCCGGUAUCAUAUUUCUUGUAUCUAAAUGGUACAAGCGAGACGAGGUCGCCUUGAGAAUAGCUCUCGUUUCUUGUGGAGUUUUUCUCAGCUCUGCAUUCGGAUCGCUGCUUGCAUCUGGUAUACUUCACGGCAUGCAGGACAAACUUGGUCAAGCUGCAUGGAGAUGGUUAUUUUACAUUGAAGGCGGCAUCACCAUCUCGGUUGCGAUUUGCGCGAUGCUCAUACUCCCUGAUUUCCCGUACAACACUAGGUGGUUCACCCCGGAGGAAAAAGAACUUGCUAUCUCUCGCCUUGCAGAAGAUGGCCAUGAUAAUGCUGACGAACUUCGGAAGCAGACGACCAUGCAAGGACUGCGGGAUGCCGUGUCUGACUGGAAGGUGUGGUUGUUUUCAGUUGCAGCUAUGUUUCAGAUAGUGGGGCAGUCUUUCAUCGCUUACUUCCCAACGCUGUGCGCGACACUGGGAUAUGACGCGACUGUAACGCUGUUGCUUUGCGCUCCUCCGUGGGUGUUCGGGGGCAUGGUCGCAUUUCCUCUUGCAUGGUACUCUGACAAAAAGCAGAAACGUUACAAAUGCUUCAUGGUCUCCAAUGCACUCUGCGUCCUUGCAUUCAUCAUAUCGAUGUUUACGAUGGACAAGGCUGCGCGCUAUAUUUCACUGUUCCUGAUGACUCAAGUCGUCGGUGGAUACUUGGUGCUCGUAGGGUGGAUCAGCAACACUUUCGCCAGAGAACCUGCGAAGCGCGCCGUUGCUAUUGCUCUGAUGAAUACACUGGGGCAGACAGGCAAUGUUAUUGGAUCGUCAGUGACAUUGUCAUCGAUCUCUCGCUAAUUAUUCAC